AUGUCCACUAACUCAGAGUCUUUACAUAACACAGCCAAGAUUGUCCAAAUUACAGAAGCAAAAAGGUAGUAGUUGUUGAUUCACCAUGGCUCGGGUAGCCUCUAGUCCCAUUGGAAUCCACAGGCCUAUUCAUUUUCGAACCCAACAAACUUUGCACUUUAUGAAACCUUCCAAUUAUCAGCUGAAGAAUAUUCUCAAGUAUCAAAGAAUAUACUGCCAACCCGACCCCAAAACAGGCGAUUGUUGCCAACCAAACUCCGACCCAUCUGAAUAUGCAGUAAAGGAGGAGUCGUCAACAGAGCCAAGUGUUGACACUGAGAGUAGUAAAGCUGAAGUCUCUGCUCCGUCUUCUGGUCCUGAAUAUCCAACCAGAGACUUUAAUCGGCGGGUAGCACUAGUGUCUGUCCUUGCAGCACUUGGACUUUUCUCUUCGCAAAGACUAGAUUUAGGUAUUCCUUCUUUGAAGGAUAUCACGGCUGUAGCACUGCCGUAUGAAGAGGCUCUUAACAAUGGAAAGCCUACUGUUGUAGAAUUCUAUGCAGAUUGGUGUGAAGUUUGUCGAGAAUUAGCUCCAGAUGUCUAUAAAGUUGAACAGCAGUACAAGGACCGUGUGAAUUUUGUUAUGUUGAAUGUGGAUAACACGAAGUGGGAACAAGAGCUUGAUGAGUUUGGAGUUGAGGGUAUUCCUCAUUUUGCAUUCCUGGAUAAAAAUGGAAAUGAGGAAGGUAAUGUUGUCGGCCGCCUUCCAAGACAGUAUUUACUUGAGAAUGUGGACGCCCUUGCACGAGGGGAAGAAUCGAUACCUUAUGCUCGCGCUGUGGGACGAUAUACAAGUGCUGAAAAUCGCAAGGUCCAUCAAGUUUCUGAUCCGAGAAGCCAUGGUUAGAGCUCAGUCACACGGAGACAUAUUGCUGAAAGUGUCAUUAGUUGU